AUGGUAGCGCCAGACUGGCAGAAUAUUCCCAAUGCGUCCGAUCACCUCAAAUGGUAUCAUAACAAGGGUACAAUCAAGCUCAACUUUUUUUUGAGUGUCAUCUUCGUUGGCAUGUUCCUUAAUGGCUACGACGGCAGUCUUAUCUCCGGUCUCCAAUCUUCCGACUACUGGAAUGAAGAUCUCAACUAUCCCGAAGGCGCCCGACUUGGUCUUUUGAACGCUAUCGGCUAUAUUGCUGGUUUCCUCGUCGGCCCGGUCAUUACCUACAUCGACGAGCAGUGGGGCAGGCGAUGGGGUAUCCGAUUCUAUGGUGUCACUAUCCUGGUAGGAGCCGUCAUUGGCUGUAUUGCCGGUGCCUCUGGCGCUUCUGGUAACGCUGGUUAUGGCCUCUUCCUUGCUGGUCGAUUCAUCAUCGGUCUCGGUCUCACAUCCUUCUUGAUGACCAGUCUUGCCGUCGUCCAGGAGAUCACCCACCCCCGAACUCGAGAAGUCAUCGCAGCGUCCUGGAACUCGUACUACAUCCUCGGCAACGUUGUAGCCGCCUGGGUCGUCUUUGGCUGCAGCUACAUCACCAGCUCCUGGAACUGGCGUAUCCCCUACAUGAUCCAAGUCCCCAUCGCCCUCUACCUCCUCAUCGCCGUCCAAUUCGUGCCCGAAACCCCGAGGUUCCUCAUGGACAAGGGCCGCGUCGACGAGUGUUUCGACUUUUUGGUCGAGUACCAUGGCAACGGCAAUCGCCAAGACCCAUUGGUGUUGUUUGAGUUUGAGGAGAUGAAGGAGGCUAUUGCGUUGGAGAAGGAGGCAAAGGCGCAGAAGUGGAGUACUAUCUUUAAGGAUAGGUCGAACAGGCACAGGUUGGGCUUGACGUUGUUGAUGACUUUCUUGACCAACUUGUCCGGUUCUUCCAUUAUCUACUUCUACUACACCAUCGUCUUUGACUCUGUCGGCAUCACUGACGCCACGACUCAAACGGGUAUCAAUGCCGGUCUCGCAUUCUUCACCUGGUUCUGCCAGCUCGGCGCAGUGUGGACUGGCAAAUACAUUGGCAGGCGCAAGAUUAUCCUCUGGGUCUGGGCGUUCCUCCUCUUCUCCCUCGUUGGCCUUUGUGCUUCUAGCGGUGUCUACGCCAAGACCGACAACGGUAACACGAGCGCUGGUAUCGCUACCGUAGCGCUGGUCUGGAUCUACCUCGGGUUCUUCAACUUUGCCUGCCCCAUCUUGUACUCUUAUCCCGCCGAGAUCCAGACUUAUUCUAUGCGAAGCAAAGGUCUUCUCGUUUGGAGUACUGUCCAGCAGUUUCAAGGUGCCUACGUCGUCUUUGUCGAUGCCAUCGCCCUCGACGCUAUCGGCUACAAAUACUACGCUGUGUACAUGCCUCUCGUCAUCAUCCAAGUCGCCCUCGCCUACUUCUAUAUGGUCGAGACGAGAGGCUACACGCUCGAGGAGAUUGCGACUGCCUUCCAUAGCAAAGAGAGUCUCACUCUGGUCAAUGUGUUGCCGGCUGCUGAGGAGGAAGGUUUUGUGGAUGAGGAGACCUACUUUAAGGAUAGGAGGAGUACCGAGGCUGCCAACAAGUAG